UGCCGCCCGCCGGCUCGCCUGUGCAGCCGCGAUGCCCCGGAGCCCGACCCGGGCCCGGGUCCCCAGCCCACCGCGUAAUUAGCUUCCGUGCGCCCCGAGCGCGCCGCCGCCAGCGUCGCGCCCCGACGCAGCGAUGGGCAACACCGUGCACAGGACCCUGCCAGACUCGGGCCCGCCCGCGCGCCUCCUGGCCACCCGGCCGUGCUGCGGUCCCGGCCCGGAGCGGCGCCCGGUGCUGGGCGAAGCGCCACGCUUCCAUGCGCAGGCCAAGGGCAAGAACGUGCGGCUGGACGGCCACUCGCGCCGGGCCACGCGGCGCAACAGCUUCUGCAACGGCGUCACCUUCACGCAGCGGCCCAUCCGGCUGUACGAGCAGGUGCGGCUGCGCCUGGUGGCCGUGCGCCCCGGCUGGAGCGGCGCGCUGCGCUUCGGCUUCACGGCGCACGACCCGUCGCUCAUGAGCGCCCAGGACAUCCCCAAGUACGCCUGCCCCGACCUCGUCACGCGACCCGGCUACUGGGCCAAGGCGCUGCCCGAGAACCUGGCGCUGCGCGACACCGUGCUGGCCUACUGGGCGGACCGCCACGGCCGCGUCUUCUACAGCGUCAACGACGGCGAGCCCGUGCUCUUCCACUGCGGCGUGGCCGUGGGCGGCCCGCUCUGGGCGCUCAUCGACGUCUACGGCAUCACCGACGAGGUGCAGCUGCUCGAGAGCGCCUUCGCCGACACGCUGCCGCCCGCGCGCCUCAGCCAGGCCCGCUUCAGCGCCUGCCUGCCGCCCAGCAGCCACGACGCGGCCAACUUCGACAACAACGAGCUCGAGAACAACCAGGUGGUGGCCAAGCUGGGCAGCCUCUUCGUGGAGGUGGGCCGCCCGGGGCUGGCGGCGCCCGGCGCGCUGGCCUUCGGCAUCACAUCCUGCGACCCCGGCGGCCUCCGGCCCGCCGAGCUGCCGGCCGAUCCCGACGCGCUGCUAGACCGCAAGGAGUACUGGGUGGUGGCGCGCGCCGGACCCGUGCCGAGCGGCGGCGACGCGCUCAGCUUCACGCUGCGGCCCGGCGGCGACGUGCUCCUGGGCGUCAACGGGCGCCCGCGCGGCCGCCUCCUGUGCGUCGACACCACGCAGGCGCUCUGGGCCUUCUUCGCCGUGCGCGGCGGCGCCGCGGGUCAGCUGCGCCUCCUCGGCACCCUGCAGUCUAGCCCUGCAACCACGUCUCCAUCAGGAUCCCUCAGUGGCUCCCAGGAUGACAGUGAUUCCGACAUGGCCUUCAGUGUCAACCAGUCCUCCUCGGCGUCUGAGUCAUCCCUGGUGACGGCCCCCAGCUCCCCGCUGAGUCCCCCGGUGUCCCCUGUGUUCUCCCCGCCGGAGCCGGCGGGCAGCAAGAACGGCGAGUGCACGGUGUGUUUCGAUGGUGAAGUGGACACAGUCAUCUACACGUGUGGACAUAUGUGCCUGUGCCACAGCUGUGGCCUGCGGCUCAAGAGGCAGGCCCGGGCCUGCUGCCCCAUCUGCCGGCGGCCCAUCAAGGACGUCAUUAAGAUCUACAGGCCGUAGCCUGGCCCACCGACGGGCCUUGGCCAGAGCAAGGUCAGCUUUCUGAAGCCCCCUUGGCCGGGCAACCACCGUGGCCACCAGGGAGUCCAAGGGCAGCGGCCAUCUCGUCUGCCACUCUCCAAUGGUGGGCAAGGCGUGACACUCGUGGAGAUGAGGCCCCAGAGGUCUGAGCCCAGGCGAGGGCUGCUUCUGGCUCGAAAGUGCUUUGCCCCCAAAAAGGCCGCCCCAGAGCAAGCUCAGGAACUGCCUGGCAGACCGUCCAUCCCCCGGGGCCCUCAGCCGGAAGCAG